AUGGUGGCAUGGCACAAACGCGAUGUGCUCCUCUUUGCCAAUUCUAUCGGCGUGAAAGCUGCCGACAUUCAUUUUCUUUAUGCAAGUGCUGUCAUGUGUCCUAAACGUGUCCAAGGUGCUAAGAUAAUUUUCAGGAACUACACCCAAACUUUCAAGUAUUGCCGUCGUUUCCCACAGUGCUAUUCAGCCCAAAAGGGAGAUAACAACGAAAUAGUGGAUUUCUACAGCAAUUUCGACAAGAAUAGCGCGGGUGCACCUAUCCCAGGGGUGCCCAAAUUCGACAUCAAGCGGAUGGUCGAUGGGGGAAAGAGCAUCUCAUUUUUGAAACCGAUACCCUCAUCCUCUGCCGGCCGCCCUUUUGAGCAGCGAAUGAAAGUCAUUGGCGUUUAUGACAAGGGGAAGGCCGGAACGGUGGUGCAAACGCAGACUGACCUGGUAGACAUUGAAACCAAUGACGUGUACACGAGAGUUAUCGGAAAUAACUUUUACAUUGGACAAGGCGGAUGGGGUGGUCCUAAAGGGCCGUCGCCUCUUGUUUUCGCGCCUCCCAAACGUCGACCCGACUUAUCAUAUCCGCUGGUCACUACCGAGGAGACUGCAUUGUUGUAUCGACUGAACGGUGACACAAACCCGCUUCACGCAAUUCCCGAGCCUGGGCGUCAAAUGGGCUUCAAAGGAGCCAUCAUCCACGGCCUUUGGACAUACAAUGCGACACUCUAUGCUGUGUUGAGGGUGGCUGGAAAUAGUCAGGCAGCCAAUAUCAAAAGCUUCGAAGCGAAGUUUGCUUCACCUCUAAAUCCUGGGGAUACUGCGAUUGUUCAGAUCUGGCGGCUUGGACAGUUAGAUCCAGAUGGCUUUGAAGAGAUUAGGUUCGUGGUUCAAAAUAAGGACAGGAAGGAAGUCCUCACAAAUGGCCGAGCGUUCAUCAAGCGUGUGGCCGGGGCCCAUAAGUUGUAG